CUUAUCCCCUGCUCUAAAACCCUGGCCCUGUAGUCAUGCGGUGAGUGGCGUUCCUUGCCAGUUCUUAUCAAAAUUCCUAUCCAAGAGAGAGGGAAGAAAGAGAGGAAAACCCUAAUUUAUCAUUACCAACAAAGGGACUGUAGCUUUGCAUCUGUGUACGUAGAAACAAAAGCUCGAGUCCAUGGAUUCAAAGCCAUUUGUCUCUCUUUUUGGAGCACAAGCGACCCCAGCACCAGCGGAGGCGUCUCGACAACAGCAACAAUCCCCAUUGAAGGUGUCUCCUUCCAAUUCUUCAGGUUCUCUUCCUAUCCGAGCUCCUCCUACCUCUGAUUCUGAUACUGAACCUAUUAUAACAAACAAAGGUCAUAAGAAAGGCAGUAGUAGUGACAUUACCGAUGGUGAUUACGAGUCGGAUGGCUUUUUGAGUGGUGAGGAAGAGUUUGAAACCGCGUCUGAGAGGCCUUACUUUGCUGACCCAGAUGAAGAAACCCUAGAUUUUGCGACGGAAGGGAAGGUUAUUGGUGUUCCAUUCGUUAGCAAUAUCGACAUGGAGGACGAGAUUAUCCCUGUUGUCGAACCCGUUUUAGGUUCCUCGAUUUUCUCGUCUUCCAAAACUGUGAGGCCUAUUGCGCAGUUGUCAGGGGUUGACGAUGAUGAUGAGAAUGUUGUUGUUGCAGAUGAGGGCUUGAUAAGUGGGGUCGAGGAGGAGGUAGAAGCUCUUAAAGUUAGGGUUUUGGAGGGUGACGGAGAAGAAAAGGAGUCCCAUGGAGACGGGGAUUCAACGCCUGGCGAGGUGUUGGGUUUGGGUGUAAGGGAAAGGGAUGUGUUUCAUGACUCACUCGGGGUUUCUGCGGAGAGUUCUGAGAUGACCAAAGAAGAGAUUCAUAAACCUGAUAACGGAGUUUCAGGUUAUGAAGAAAAGGAGCCUUCUGUUCAAAGGAAUUCCCUUGGGAAUCCAGUUUCGGAUGAAUUGGUCCAAAACAGAGUCGGCGUUGUCACAGAGUCCCCGGCCGAGGAGAAAGUGGCUACCGGACAGGAAACUUUGCCUGAAAAUAUGAAACUGGAGGCGGAUGUAAGUCAUGCAGCGGUCCACGAAAUCCCUGCAAUCAAAACUGCAGAGCUGGAAGCGACCAUGUCGGAAGACAAGUUUGAGGAGGAGAAGAAUGAGGUCCUGGGCGGCGAUCACACUGUUAGGGGGAAUUCUGCUGCAGAAGGAGAUUUUGUUGUUGAUGAUAAAGAAUCUAUCGAGAUGGCGGAGGAAAGCUCGAUUUUGGGCAGUGGAACCGAUCAAGCAACCUCUGUCAUGGAAAAUCCUGCUGAACCAAUUCUUGCGGAUGCUGAUGGUGGGAAUUCUGUUAGCGGAGGUGAUUCAGUUCUUGAAGCCAAAAAUCCAAGUUUAUCAAGUUUGGAAUCUGAAGUUGGGAACGCACUGGAGAAGGGGGUUUCUGAGACUGAAGGGGUGGAGGUUGAGAAAAGCGUGAGUUUGGAUAAUGGCUCUGUUCUAGAAAGCCCUUAUGUUGAAGAGCCUAAUGAGUUGGAAAUCAUUGAAACAGAUUCUGGUGUUGGGAAGAUAGAAGAUGAGGAUUCUGUAGAUGUAGACCAUAAGAAUUCUGAUAGGGACCCUGAAGCUGUAACCCACUCUGUCAUUGAAGCACAAGAAUUGGGGUCUCGUGAGUUGAACCCUAUUGUUCCAGUAGGGGAGAAAGAUGACAAUCCGGAUGCAGUAUCUGCUUCUAUUGAUUCUUUGGUUGAUGUCUGUGAAGAUAGCCAGAAGGACGGAAACAAUGGUGGUGCUGCAGAUGGAGGUGUUUAUCUCAGUGAAGAUAAGGACCCUUCUAGGCCUGAACUGGAAAAUAAAUCUAUAGAACUGGAUUCAGCACAGGAGGCAAAGUCGCAGCUUAUUGUUGCUGAGGAGUCCAAAAAGUCUGAGAAUGGGGAUGCUUGUGGAAACGCUCAAAGUGGGGGACCGGAGGGUGGCUUAUCCAGCAAAUUGGAGGAAUCUAAAUCCAUGGUACGUAGUCUCAUUGUAGACUCGGAAGCAAAACAGGAAGCUGACAAUGAAGAAAACCCAGAGCCAUAUGAAGAAGAAGACGAAGAAGAUGAUGACGAUGAUGAUGAAACCAUGUCAGAUGAAGAUGCUGAAGGUCUGAUCUUUGGAAGCUCUGAAACCACCAAGCAGAUCAUGAAGGAGUUGGAACAAGGGUCAGCUUCUCACUCGGGUGCUGAAAGCUUUCAGGACCACUCUCAGAUAAUUGAAGGACAGAUUGUCACGGAUUCUGAUGAAGAAGUCGACACCGAUGGGGAGGGAGAUGGAAAAGAAUUAUUUGAUUCUUCUGCAUUGGCUGCUCUUCUGAAAGCAGCAACUAAUGCAGGAACAGAUGCUGGCAGCAUCACAAUCUCAUCUCCAGAUGGUUCAAGGCUUUUCUCUGUUGAGCGUCCAGCAGGUUUAGGAUCCUCAAUCCGGCCUCUGAGACCUGCUCCUAGACCAAGCCGUCCCAAUCUUUUUGCUCCUUCAGACCUCACAGCGGGAGGAGAAUCAGAGAACAACCUGAGUGAAGAAGAAAAGAAAAAGCUGGAGAAGAUACAGCUUUUAAGAGUGAAGUUCUUGAGGCUUGUUCAGAGGCUAGGCCAUUCUCCUGAAGACUCCAUAGCUUCGCAGGUUCUAUACCGGCUGGUCCUUGUUGCAGGGAGGCAAACCAGUCAAGCUUUCAGCCUUGAAAGUGCGAAAAGGACAGCAAUGCAGCUUGAAGCUGAAGGCAAAGAUGAUUUGGACUUCUCUCUGAACAUUCUGGUCCUUGGGAAAACUGGGGUGGGUAAGAGUGCGACCAUAAAUUCCAUUUUUGGUGAGGAGAAGUCCCUGAUGAACGCAUUUGAGCCAGCAACAUCAUCUGUGAAAGAGAUCAUUGGAGUGAUAGAUGGUGUUAAGAUCCGGUUCCUUGACACACCAGGUCUCAGACCUUCUGCUAUGGAACAGUCUUUCAACCGGAAGGUCUUAUCAUCUAUAAAGAAAUUCACAAAGAAAUUCCCUCCAGAUAUUGUCCUCUAUGUUGAUCGGCUGGAUACUCAAACAAGAGACCUCAAUGAUCUACCAUUAUUGAGAUCCAUCACUAACACACUUGGUGCUCCGAUCUGGCGUAGUACUAUUGUUACUUUGACUCAUGGUGCUUCGGCACCCCCAGAAGGACCAACUGGGUCCCCCUUGAGCUAUGAUGUGUUUGUUGCUCAGCGUUCCCAUGUUGUUCAGCAGUGCAUAGGGCAAGCAGUUGGUGAUAUGCGUCUGAUGAAUCCCAGUUUGAUGAAUCCAGUGUCCCUUGUUGAGAACCAUCCCUCAUGCAGAAAGAACAGAGAAGGCCAAAGAAUUCUUCCCAAUGGCCAGAGUUGGAGACCCCAGUUAUUGCUCUUGGGCUACUCUAUGAAGAUUCUAUCUGAAGCUAGUUCCCUGUCAAAACCUCAAGAUCCAUAUGACCACCGAAAGCUCUUUGGUUUCCGUGUUCGCUCACCACCUUUACCUUACUUAUUGUCUUCACUGUUGCAAUCUCGUGCACACCCAAAACUCUCUUCUGAUCAGGGUGGUGAUAAUGGUGACUCUGAUGUCGACUUGGUGGAUUUAUCAGAUUCAGACCGGGAAGAAGAGGAGGAUGAGUAUGAUCAGCUGCCACCAUUUAAGCCUUUAAGGAAGGCUCAGGUUGUAAAGCUCAGCAAGGAGCAGAAGAAGGCAUAUUUUGAUGAGUAUGAUUAUCGGGUGAAGCUCCUUCAGAAGAAACAGUGGAGAGAGGAGUUGAAAAGAAUGAAGGAGAUGAAGAAGAAGGGAAAGGAUAGUCAGGAUGAUUAUGGUUACAUGGGGGAAGAUGUUGAUCAGGAAGAUGGAGUUCCAGCGGCUGUUCCAGUUCCCUUACCUGACAUGGUCCUUCCGCCUUCUUUUGAUGGAGAUAAUCCUGCUUACAGGUACCGUUUCUUGGAGCCAACAUCACAGCUUCUGGCAAGGCCUGUUUUGGACACCCAUGGUUGGGACCAUGAUAGUGGUUAUGAUGGUGUCAGCCUUGAAGAAAAUUUGGCAAUAGCUGGCCGGUUUCCAGCUGGGUUUGCCAUCCAGGUGACGAAAGAUAAGAAGGAGUUCAAUAUCCACUUGGAUUCAUCUGUUUCAGCCAAGCAUGGGGAUAAUGGAUCAACUCUAGCUGGUUUUGACAUCCAAACCAUUGGAAAGCAGCUUGCGUAUAUCCUCAGAGGUGAAGCCAAAUUCAAAAAUUUUAAAAAGAACAAGACGGCUGCUGGUGUAUCCGUUACCUUCCUUGGUGAAAAUGUUGCUACAGGACUCAAAGUUGAGGAUCAGAUAGCAAUUGGAAAACGCCUUGUUUUUGCGGGUAGUACUGGUGCUGUCCGAUCACAAGGUGAUGUUGCAUAUGGAGCUAACUUGGAGGUACGGCUUAAAGAUAAGGAUUAUCCAAUCAACCAGGAUCAAUCCACAUUGGGCCUUUCUUUGAUGAAGUGGAGAGGCGAUCUGGCACUGGGGGCUAAUCUGCAGUCGCAGUUCUCAAUUGGACGGAGUUCUAAGAUGGCUGUUCGUGUUGGAUUAAACAACAAACUCAGUGGGCAGAUCACGGUUAGGACAAGUAGCUCGGAACAACUUCAUAUUGCUCUGCUGGGUGUUCUUCCACUAGCCAUUGCAAUCUUCAAGAGCAUCUGGCCUGCUGGUGAGACAUACUCUGCGUACUAAUUUGUUUUCAUUUCUAUUCCUAUGGAUAUGGAUGUUAUCAGAGGAUAGAUUAGAAGUUUUCAGUGUCAUUUAGUCAUUAUGUCUUGCUUUCUAAAUAAUGGUUCGAUUAUUCAAUAUGAACGCCUUUUCAAUAUUUCGAUUUUUGUUAUUUGGCAUGAUGAAUUGUAGUCAAAUGACGUGGAACCAAGAGGGCAGCUGAUAAUAAUACCAUCAUACCAUUGAUAUUGAUUUUUGGUUCA